CUCAUAUAAAUAGAAAGAAAAAAGAUCAAAAGACUUCAUAUAUCAAUCAUAUUUGAGUAUUAAACUUAAUGGAGGAAAAAUCAAACCAAGCUCCAGGAAUCGGCAUUGACCUUGGAACAACGUACUCAUGUGUCGCGGCAUGGCAGCAUGAACCGAUUGAAAUCAUACCAAAUGGUAUGGGCAACAGAACAACUCCAUCUUCUAUAUCUUUUCUUGAUGGGAAACGUGCCACGAACCCAGCCAAAACCAUAUUAGGGGCGAACAAAGUUGGUCCCAACAAGAAGUACUUUGACAUGACUUGUUGGAAGUGUGGUCAACUCGGACACUUGAAACGGAAUUGUAAGGCUAGAUUUGGUAGUCAAAAUACCAAUGUAUCAAGCACAAGCGACUCGAGAAAUGGUUCCAUCAACCAAAACUCGAAAGGUCAGAAUAUAUUUAAUGAUUAGAGUUAAAAUGUUUCGGAUAUAUUUAAGGCUUGUUUUAUGUAGGAUGAUGAAUUGAUGAUGUUGCAUACUUGCAUGGUGGGCUAACUCGGGAGCUAUCACCUGGGUGUCAAGGAUAGUUGUUUCAAGACUUACGAUUUAGUAAGUGACGGGUCAAUUGACAAUUCUUCACAUGGGAAAUGAAUCAACAACCCUGCUCAUGGAUAUAGUAGUGUGGAUUUGACUUUUAUUUCUGAAAAAAUUGUUUCUUUACUUGAUGUUGUUUUGCAUGUAUCGCAAAUUAAAAGAAAACAUGGUUUCAAUUAGUGUUUUAAAAGGUUGUGAUUUAUAUGAUAAGUUUAUUUCGUGAAA